GCAGGGGAAAAACAAAUGCUAAAUCAAUGAAAAAUAUCUGCAGUAUAGGUCAUAGCCACCCAAUAUAUACUCAUUCUCUAUACUCCCUUCAAACCCUCUAGCUCCUCGUUCUCCUCCCAUCUCCAUUUCCUCUUUCGACUUCCAAGGCGAGGUUGAACGCAGGAGUUUAUUUAGCAAUGGCGGAUAACCAGCACCCAACUGUUUUUCAGAAGGUAGCUAACCAGAUGCAUCUGAGCUCCAGUCUUUCCCAGGAUGUCCAUGCUCGCUAUGGGGGCAUUCAAAGGCCUGCUCUCUAUCAGAGGCGUUUUGCAUAUGGCAAUUACUCUAAUGCAGGACUGCAAACCUGCCAAGCCACACAGGAUCUCUCGUUGAUUGCUGCAAACGCUUCACCAGUGUUUGUGCAAGCUCCCCAAGAAAAAGGACUUGCAGCUUUUGCCACUGACUUCCUUAUGGGUGGUGUUUCUGCUGCUGUGUCAAAGACUGCUGCUGCCCCUAUUGAGCGUGUGAAACUUUUGAUCCAAAACCAAGAUGAGAUGAUUAAGGCUGGUAGACUGUCAGAACCAUACAAGGGAAUUGGAGAAUGUUUCGGGAGGACAAUUAAAGAGGAAGGAUUUGGUUCUUUGUGGAGAGGAAACACUGCCAAUGUCAUCCGUUACUUUCCUACUCAGGCCUUGAACUUUGCAUUUAAGGACUACUUCAAGAGGCUCUUCAACUUCAAGAAGGACCGUGAUGGCUACUGGAAGUGGUUUGCAGGCAACCUUGCAUCUGGUGGUGCUGCUGGUGCUUCUUCUUUGCUCUUUGUUUACUCCCUUGACUAUGCUCGUACUCGUCUUGCAAAUGAUGCCAAGGCUGCAAAGAAGGGAGGUGGGAGACAGUUUAAUGGUUUGGUCGAUGUCUACAAGAAGACUCUUGCAUCUGAUGGAAUUGCUGGAUUGUACCGUGGGUUCAACAUUUCAUGUGUUGGUAUCAUUGUGUACCGUGGUUUGUACUUCGGAAUGUAUGACUCCUUGAAGCCAGUGCUCUUGACUGGAAGCAUGCAGGAUAGUUUCUUUGCUAGCUUUGCUCUUGGGUGGCUUAUUACCAAUGGUGCUGGUCUUGCAUCCUACCCUAUUGACACUGUUAGAAGAAGAAUGAUGAUGACAUCUGGUGAGGCUGUGAAGUACAAGAGCUCAUUCGACGCCUUCUCCCAGAUCCUUAAGAAUGAGGGUGCCAAAUCUCUGUUCAAGGGUGCUGGUGCUAACAUCCUCCGUGCCGUUGCGGGUGCUGGUGUGUUGGCAGGUUAUGACAAGCUUCAGGUCAUUGUUUUUGGAAAGAAAUAUGGUUCUGGUGGUGCCUAAGUCCGACUUAACUACUUGUUUUUUUAGAAUUAGAAUAUGGUGAUGAAAAUCCUUUAAAUUCGAAGAACCAUUUUGGGGCAGAUAUUUUACGUUUUUCCCCGUCCCUUUUGAAUAAUUCAAAACUUAGAGCGGGUUAGAACUUUAAACCCUCAAUUAAUUAUUCCCUUGUUGAAGGGGUGGUUUUGUUACGCAGACCUUUAUCACAGCAGAGUUUACAAAUUCUCAUAAUCGAUUUUGAUUGAAUUAAAUUCAGUUCAGUUU